CAGACCUUUAACCCUACAGGAUCCGCACGAUUAUGCCAGUCCUGGAAUACGAGUUGCAUUAUGCGGUAUACAUACAUGUAUGCACUUUCGACCUCACAGAAUCACAUCAAGCCCGUGCGAGCCUGUGCGGUACGCUGCUUGGGCGUCAGUACCUAGUAUCCUCUCUUUCCUUUCAGGAAGGCUGACUGCAUGAUCGACUACUGGAGACUUUACGAGAUGAUAGCUCAAUGCCAUGGCCAGCAGUGGCUUCACCCCUCUCAUCAUCGUUAACAUUCUUCAAGCGAUCACGGAGUGCUCGCCAUCUCGCGGUUCAGGAAAAUGGGAAACAGUGAGCUGUACCAAUCAUACCGUCGACAAUUCAACACCUGGAGGUCGUUGGAUCGCGGUUCCCUUGGCGGCGAUCUCAACGCUAGCGCUUACCCCAGACUCCCGGAGACUUGGAUUCCAACUACUUGAGCGGUGGACCUCCGACUGUUGUCUUCACUUUACACAGCUGUCUCUCGAUUUCUAUCCCUGGCGGUGAACAGCUCGAAUAUCUCGCGAGUUUCGUCCAGCUAUAUCCGAUGCCGCAAACUACUUGGCCUCCGCGGUCACCGACUUGAUUUAUGUGUGCUGGUCCAGCUGAGCUGAACAGCUCAUCAACUCUAUGUGACAUGGCUUAAGGACAAUGCUGAUCUUUAUUACUCAGAAUUUGUGGAAAUCAAGUUAGUUUCCACG